AAUUUAUUUUUUUUACAAUCACUGAUAAACUUUUUUGGAAAAAAUUCAGAAAAAUUUAAUGUCGUGUUAAUAAAGUGGCAGUUCGUGAAAUAUCAAAAUUUUUGGUGAACAAAACUCAGAAUGCCCGAGAAUUACUAUUGCCCAGACAAUUUCUUCAAGAAAAUGACAGAUCUAGAGUCACCCAGGAAAAAUAAUGAUUGUUAUUUCUAUUAUUAUUCAACAUGUGCAAAGGGUGAUAAUUGCACGUUUCGCCAUGAACCAUCUGCGUUAGGCUGUGAAACUAUGUGUUCCUUCUGGAAAGAAGGCAAAUGUUUGAAUGUUCAUUGCAAUUUCAGGCACAUGGAAUUAAGAAAAAAUCGAAAGGCGAUACCUUGUUAUUGGGAAUCUCAACCAGGCGGUUGUUUGAAACCUCACUGUCCUUUUCUUCAUCAAAAUCCUAAACCUCCAGUUGCCAAUGAGUCGCUUGAGAGCAAAACGGAUUCAGGAACAGAGUCUGCAGAUAAUUCAAUGACUGAAAAGCUGAGUCAUUUAAGUGAGAAGAAUUUUAAGAACACUCCAGUUGAUUCUUUGGUUGUUAAUUUUGAAGAAGAAUCUGAUAAUGAAUCAGCUCCAACUAACUCUCCUGUAAAGUCGAGCAACCGGGUUGUAAAAGUGAAAACUUUGGAAGAAAUUAAACUGGAAAAGAUCCAAGCUGAAUCUGCUGCAUAUUAUUCUUAUUCAGAAGGAGACGCUGUUUCACACGACGCAGAUGAUCUACGCCAGAGGAUAUGGGAGAGAGUUUCAAGUAAAAACGUACCAAAAAGAUUAGAAACAGUCACAACAUCAGGACGAAAACGGCCACAAGAAGCAGCCAGCACUGCACCUGCGUUCAAAAAACAGAAAAAAAAUGUCGCGAAUGUUAGGGAGAUUAAAAUUAAAACUUUGGACGAAAUACGUGCUGAACGCGCAAAGAAAGCCCAAUUUUCUCAGUCUACUGUCCAAGAAACAAAUACCCCUCCAGCUAUUUGUGAUAGUUCUGUGAGCAGUAGUACUGAAGAUAAAGAAGAACAGAAAAAGUCUAGGUCCAUGAAAUUCAAAUUACAGAGAAAGCCGCUGUUUAUUCAAGAAACAAAGAAUGAAGAAGAGUCUGCAGAGACAGUUAGGCAAGAACGUGUAAGUGAUGCAGGAAGUGAUAGAGUAUGUGACAGUGAACAAGACCGACAAGACGUUAAUUUGAACAAAAGUAACAACAACAAUAAGGCACUCGAUGAGAUCUUGUUGUUACAAGAUGAUGAUGAUAUGUGUAACGUGAGUUUAAAGGAAGAAGAAAGGCUUUUAAAUGAGUUAGAUGACUUUUUACAAGACUGAGACACUGAAAGCAAUAUAGGUUCAUUGUGAAGUAGUGAAAAAAUUAGAUCUUUAUUUUAUUUUAAGAGAUUAGCUUUAAUUGUAUUAUUUUUUCAUUCUAUACAUCUCAUUACUAAUAAUGUUGUACAAAAAAACUUACUCUAUAUUUUUAAGAAUUUUGAAGUAAAGACCAUAGAUAAGAAA